AGGGACGGCCAUGAAGAAAGCAGAGCCAUCGGACCAGCAUCUCCUUGGCGCGAGCAAGAUAAGAGAUGCACAGCAACACGCUAGUAUAUCGCAGAGCUUUAACCUGAUUUAGGUUUUUAUAAUUUAAAAUUACACCAAGGCUUGGCUGGAAACCCUUUGGCAGGGUUUAUUCCUGGUCCUGGUCCUGGUGUCUGCAUGGUCCCAUCCUGCCCUCCUGUAGGCUGCAAUCUGCUCCUAAAUGAGGGCUGAGGAUGCAAAGCUCUGGCAUUAGGGAGCUUGGGAUGAAAAAGACCUUGGAAAAAGAGAAAGGAAAGGGUUUUUGUGUGUGUUUUGCGUGUUUUUAUUUUCCUGCAGUCUGCGGGUUUGCAUUAUAGCUGGACAGAGAUGCUGGGGGAAAGUGGUGACACCCACAAGUUGUUCUUGCUGCUGAGUGCUCCCACCCAAAUAUUUCACGGCUCAAAGGCCACAGGUCAGGAUGAUGCACUUCUCUCUCUGCAGCAGCAAGGCUUUGACCUUGAAAGCCUUUUUGGAGUGACUCAGGUUUCAGAGGGUGUUGCAAAACAGCUCGAAUUUCCCCUUUCCCCCGCCCCUCCUUCCUUUUACGCUGCACUUUUCAAACAAGACCUCCCAUUUCAGAAAGCAAAGCCAGAGGGAAACUCCCGGUCGCCGCUGAAAGAAAAACUCAAUGAAGCGAAAGUAACCGUGUCAUUCUUCUUCCAAGCAGCCAUGGCCGAGUGCGACCCGCUGGAGAGCCUGCAGAAAGAAGCAUCUUGCUCCAUCUGCCUGGAUUAUUUCAGCGACCCCGUGUCCAUCAACUGCGGGCACAGCUUCUGCCGCGACUGCAUCACGCGAUGCUCGGGCAAAUCGGACCGGAGGUUCGCCUGCCCUCAGUGCCGUGGAAUCGCCCAGAAGAGAAAAUUUCGGCCAAACCGGGAACUGAAGAACCUGGCAGAGAUCGCCAAGAAGCUGAUCUCGAGGGUCGGGGACGCGGCCCGAGUGGGCGGCGUGUGCCCAAAGCACCAAGAGCCGCUCAAGCUCUUCUGCCAGGAGGACCAGACGGCCAUCUGCGUGGUCUGCGACCGGUCCCAGGCUCACCGCGCUCACACCGUGGCCCCCAUUGAAGAAGCUGCCCAGGAGUGCAAAGAACAUAUCCAAAGCAAACUGAAGAGCCUCAAGGAUGAGAGAGAGAGACUCCAAGGAUUAAAAGUGACAGGGGAGAAGAGAAGCCAGAAACAUCUGCAGCAGGCGAGAGCCGAGAGGUGGAAAAUCAUGUCGGUGUUCAAGCAGCUGCACCAGUUCCAGGACGAGCAGGAGCGGCUCCUCCUGAUGUGGCUGGAGGACACAGAGAAGGAGAUAGUGCAGACCCAGAGUGAGAAUGACAGGAGGAUCUCUGCCGAGAUCUCCCACCUGGGCAACCUCAUCCGGGAGCUGGAAGGGAUGAACCCCCAGCCGGAGAAUAAAUCCUUGCAGGAUGCCAGGAGUGCCUUGACCAGGUGUGACGCAAGGGCUUUCCAGCAUCUGACGGAGAAGUUUCCCCGAGUGGAAAGAAGCCUCAAGGAUUUAUCUCAGAAAAACAUCAUUCUGAAGGAAGCCCUGAGGAAAUUCAAAGAGAGUCUCCCGGUUGAACUGGAUGUGCAAUGGGCAAACGUGACUCUGGAUCCAGACACAGCAAACCCCCACCUUGUCCUCUCUGAGGACCGGAGGAGUGUGAGAUGGGACGAAACACCCCAGAAUUUGCCUGACAACCCACAGAGAUUUGACACCUACUGCUCGGUGCUGGGCCAUGAAGGCUUCACAGCGGGGAGGCACUACUGGGAAGUGCAGCUGGGGAAUAGGGGAUUUUGGGCUGUGGGGGUGGCCAGACACUCGGCUUGGAGAAAGGGUUGGAUCAGCCUUGACCCUUCCCAGGGAAUUUGGGCUGUUGGCAUCUGUGGGGACAGGUUUCAAGCCUUCACCUCCUUUGAAACCGUUCAGCCUCUGAAUGGGAGGCCAAGGACUAUCCGGGUCUCUCUGGAUUACGACAAGGGACAUGUGGCUUUCUUCGACGCUGAUAACGAGACCUUGGCUUUUGCUUUUACGCCGACUUCUUUCAACGGAGAGAAAAUCCUACCUUUCUUCUGGGUUUGGGAGUCCAGGAUCCAGCUGGCUCCCUGAGACAGCAUGGACAGCAAGAUGGAAAUGUCGUGCUUUGGAGAAGGCUUUGUUUUGAUCUGGGAAACCACACUGUAUUUCAGAGCUCUGUGGCUGGUAGAGAAUAAAGUGAAGGGAACAAG